AUGUGGCGGAUAGUGCUGUUCGGCAUGUCUUUGGCCACUUUGGUCGGUGGCCUGCAAUGGGUGUUGGAUCCGAUCACCUCUCAGGUGCCGUUCGUUCACUCGCUCUUCAAUCACCUCUUCUUUACCUUCAGUUGUCUUCUAUUGACGGCUCUAUUCAUGUUUGGUGUCCACCGAAAAGUGGUUACGCCUCAGAUCGUGGUCUCACGAGUCAAACAAGUGCUCCAAGACUUCAACAUGUCUUGCGAUGACUGCGGACGGCUUAUACUGAAGCCUCACUCCAGACCAUCCAAUUAA